AUGUCGUUGUUUCUUGGUUUCGAUCUGUCAACUCAACAGUUGAAAGUGAUCUCAGUGUACUCGGAUUUAAAACAUCACAAAACAUAUAGGGUCGACUUUGACGAGGAGCUCUCAAAAUAUGGCAUUCGGAAAGGAAUUCUCACCAAUGAGAGCGCAGGUGAGAUAUUUGCCCCAGUUGAGAUGUGGGUCGAGGCUUUGGAGCUGUGCUUUGACAAGAUGAAAAAAGACAACUUUCCCUUCAAGGAUGUACGAGCUAUGAGCGGCUCUUGCCAGCAGCACGGUUCCGUUUAUUGGUCAAAACGUGCACCAGAAUUGCUUGAAUCUUUGUCGGCCGAAAAAUCACUAAAAGACCAGCUCUGUCCCGAAGCAUUCACGUUCCAAACGUCUCCAAAUUGGCAGGAUCACUCUACCGGUCCGGAACUGAAAAUUUUUGAGGAUGCUGUCGGAGGGUGUCACCAAUUGGCACAGAUCACAGGUUCCAGGGCUCAUUACCGCUUUACAGGUACUCAAAUCAGAAAACUAGCAAGCAGGGUCGACCCAAAAACUUACCACGAGACGUACCGGAUUUCACUCAUCUCAAGUUUCUUGAGCUCCUUGCUGUGCGGCAAACUAACCAACAUUGAAGAAAGCGAUGGAUGCGGCAUGAAUUUAUACGAUAUCUCAAAAGGCGAAUACGAUGAAGGGUUGCUAGCGGUUGCUGCCGGAGUUCAUCCAAAGAUAGACCAAUGCUCUGAGUCAGAAACCAAGAAAGGUAUCGAGGAGCUCAAGCAGAAGUUGGGUCCUCUAGAACCAGUUGGCUACAAGAACAUUGGCCACAUCAGUUCCUACUUUGUUAAGAGGUAUGGAUUUUCUGCCUCUUGUAAAGUUUACUCCUUCACUGGAGAUAACCUUGCAACUAUCCUUGCUCUUCCUCUCGGACCUAACGACACUUUGAUUUCCAUGGGGACCUCCACCACGGCUCUUCUUGUCACCAACGCAUACAAACCGUCUGAGAAUUACCAUAUAUUCAAGCAUCCUACCCUUGAAGGCCAUUACAUGGGAAUGCUUUGCUACUGUAAUGGUGCGUUAGCCAGAGAAAACGUGAGAGAUAAAAUCAACGAAAAAUACAACCAGCCCAAGAACUCUUGGGAUAAGUUCAAUUCCAUUUUAGACAAUUCUGUUCCUUUGAACGGGAAGUAUGAGCUAGGAAUCUACUUUCCCUUAGGCGAGAUCAUUCCCAACGCCAAACCUUGCGAGCGGCGAUUCAGAUUUGAUCCAGAAAAAAAAGAGUUACUGGAAGUAGAGUCCUGGUCGUUGGAAGAGGACGUCAACAGCAUUAUCGAGUCCCAGGCUUUGUCGUGCAGACUCAGGAUGGGACCACUACUUGCUUCGACGUCGUCUCACAAGUUAGAGGACAAACGCGGAGUCUUGCCAAAGCUAGAAAAGUACGGCCAGAUACAGUCAGACGGUACCAAACAUUCUACCAACGCUCUGCUUUGUCGUCCUAGUAAAGUGUUUUACGUUGGCGGCUCUUCGAAAAACAGAUCAAUUGUCUCCAAGUAUUGCGACAUUUUAGGACCCGAGGACGGAAACUAUAAGAUUGAUCUGAGUGAUGCGUGUGCUCUGGGGGGCUGCUUCAAAUCCCUAUGGUCCUUUGCCACAGAGUCCGGCUCCGUGAAGGAGGAUUACAACAAGUGGCUCUCGGAUAAUUUCCAUUGGGAUGAAGUUGAGAAGCUUGGAAACGCCACUCACUGGGAUGAUUACGUCGACGGAAUUGGCAUUCUGAGUUUGGCGGAGCAAAAAUUAGAGUCUUGA